CCCACCGGGGGGCCACGACACCGCACCACACCACUCGUGCUCGUCGCCUCCUCCUCCCCUACUAAAUUACCCCCACCUUCCCUAUCGGACCAAUUCGAUUCGGAGGAGCGACCCGUCAGAUCAAAUCAAAUCAAAACCAACCGGCACGAGAUAAGAAUCCCCCCUUGUCGACCGACGAGCCGCGGCGCUGCCGAAGGGGGGGAAUGGGGUCGCCGGCGCCGGAGGGGGAGGGCCAGGGCCCCGUGGUCAUCCACGCGUGGUCGGCGCCGCGCUCCCUCAGCACCAGCCUCAUGUACUCCUUCGCCCAGAGGGACGACAUGGAGGUGCUUGACGAGCCUCUCUACGCCAAUUUCCUGCAAGUCACCGGCGUCGACAGGCCCUACCGCGAGGAACUCCUGUCGAAAAUGGAUCCCGAUGGAAAUAAGGUCGUCAAAGAAGCGAUCUUUGGCCCAGGGGAGAAAACAUACCGUUACUGCAAGCACAUCUCAAAGCAACGCCUCCCAAACCUGUCCAGUGACCUGAUGAAGAAGGGAAAGCAUUUCAUAUUGAUACGUAACCCUCUAAAUAUACUGCCAUCUUUUGAUAAAGUCGUUCCACCAUCCUUCUUGGAGCUUGGCAUAGGCGAACUUGUCUCAAUAUACAGUGAACUAUGUGGACUUGGGAAGCCACCGCCUGUGAUAGAUGCAGAUGACCUGCAACGGGAACCUGAGGUUGUCUUGAGGGGACUCUGUGAGGAUCUGGGCAUUCCUUUCCAGCCACAAAUGUUGAAAUGGGAAGCUGGCCCCAAGGAAUUUGAUGGUAUAUGGGCCCCCUGGUGGUAUAGGAGUGUGCACAAGUCUACAGGUUUCUCUAAGUUCCGUCAAUAUCCUUCGACUUUCCCAUUCGCAUUAUAUGACCUCCUUGAGCAAAGCUUGCCUUUUUACAACAUGCUGAAGCGCCAAGUAAGGGGAACAAUAGGAUCUCAGCAACCAUUAUUACCUGAUCCUCCUCUGCCUGUCCCUGCAAAUAAAAAGAUUCUAGUUUGGGUUGGAGAUGAACUUUUGCCUCGUGACAGUGCAAAGGUUUCAGUGUUUGAUUCAGUUGUACAAGGAGGAGAUGCUGUUUGGGAAGGUUUACGUAUAUAUGAUGGAAAAGUAUUCAAACUGGAUGAACAUUUGGAUAGAUUGUUUGAUUCCGCAAAAGCUAUGGCCUUCAGCAAUGUGCCCACCCGUGACUGGAUUAAGGAUGCUGUUUUUAAGACUCUGAUUGCAAAUGGAAUGUUCAAUAAUGCUCAUAUAAGGCUCACACUCACCCGUGGGAAAAAGGUGACAUCUGGAAUGAGUCCAGCUUUCAAUCUUUAUGGGUGCGCCCUGAUUGUGCUUGCAGAGUGGAAACCACCAGUUUACAAUAACUCGCAUGGGAUAAAGUUGGUAACUGCCACCACACGUCGAAAUUCUCCAAAUAGUAUAGAUUCCAAGAUACAUCACAACAAUCUUAUCAACAAUAUUCUGGCAAAGAUAGAAGGUAAUCUUGCCCAGGCUGAGGAUGCAAUUAUGCUAGACAAGGAUGGUUUUGUAUCAGAGACAAAUGCAACAAACAUUUUCAUGGUUAAGAAGGGAACUGUACUGACACCUCAUGCUGACUAUUGCCUUCCAGGCAUUACGCGCGCGACUGUCAUGGAUCUUGUGGUAAAAGAAAACUUUGUGUUACAUGAACGGCGCAUUAGUCUGUCAGAAUUUCACGCUGCAGACGAGGUGUGGACAACUGGAACAAUGGGUGAAAUUACACCGGUUGUAAUGAUUGAUGGGCGUGAAAUUGGCGAUGGGAAAAUUGGUCCAGUCACAAGACAAAUCCAGAAUGCAUACAAAGUCCUGACAGCAGGGCAAGGGGUACCAAUACCCAGGAACGGCGAUGCAUAAUCGUCACUCAGGCAUUCCUUAUCUACAUUAGAUCCAACCCUCAGGGAGCCUGAUUGCAUCCAUUUAGAGCAGCAAUAAAGUAAUAACCACCAUAUGGUGUCAAUGUUUAGAGAGGCGCCAGCCCCAUGCAUCAUUGUUGUACCAAACAAAACUGGAUUCAUGUGUACUAUCGUGUACCGCUGAAGAUCAUGUAUUCAAUGAGUCAUGGCAUUGGCAUGCGCUUGUAUGCGUCUAAGCUGGUUCAUGGCUAUUACCAACUCAAUUUGUUUUACUGUGAUUAUUGCUGGUCCAAUUUGUCA